UAGCACGCGACAAGGAAAGUGGGCGGGGCGAGAAGGCAACCUGGUCUCUUUCCUCAGCGUUGCUCAGGCAGCCAGAGAGCUCGAGGGAUUUCAUUCGAAGCGGAUUCUUCACUGGCGGCUGCUGACAUUGACUUUAUUUUAUCUUUCGAAACUUCUACUGUGCCCACCUUCUUAAAAAGAGCAAAAAGGGUGGCUGGGAGCCUAAGGACAUUCUUCAGCAUUGCGGAAAUUGAGAAAAAAAAUCUCAUCAUGGAAAUAAAAGAGCUAAUUCAGGAACUGAUGAAAAGAGAGACCUUAUCCGAUGUUUCAGAGAUCAUUGAGAAACUAUUCAGUGAGAUAGAAAAUAUAAAUAAAGAAAGUGUGGAUGAAAGUCAAAAAGCCCAGGUUGAAGAAAGUGCGGUCAGCUUAUGGAACUGGACUGUGGCAAGAAAAAUAGGCCCUGUUAUUAGUGAUGUGCAAAGAAUUAAAUUGCGCCAUGUUUCCUGCAGACUGAUGAUGAUUUGUGAAGUCAGUGAUCCACCUGAGGAGAUAGUGCGGAGGCAAAUUCUGAUGGCCAUGAAGACUGGAAAAGGGUGGGUAGAUGUUGGAAAAUUCACCUUUGCUGAUGAACUACUUGCAAUAGCCAUGAAUAAUCUGGAGAAGCUGUAUGCCCAGUUAACCAAGAGGAGCAUCAGUGAGGCUGAUCUUCAUUUACACAAAGCCGAUGUAGAGAAGGAGGUGUUCAAAGUCCUCUCUUAUCAGGCUGAAACUGCAGUUGCUCAAGGGGAUUUUCAGAAAGCAAUCACAUGUGUGCAGCGCUGCAAAGACAUCCUGAUGAGACUGCCAAAGGAGGCUUGUUAUCUGUCCCUCCUAUGCUAUAACUUUGGUGUGGAAAUGUAUAAACUGAAGAUAUAUGAGCAGAGCUCCUUCUGGCUCAGCCUGAGCUUUGAAAUUGGGAAGAUGGACAAGAAAUAUUCACCUGGACAAGAAAUGCAGGCAAAAAUACUGCGGCUAUUAGCUACUGUCUAUUUGAAGUGGGACUACAAGCAGUAUCAAGACAAAGCUCUCAGUGCUGUCACCAGGGCUAAUGCGGAGCAUUUGCAUCCAGCUGGUUUUUUACUGAAAAUUAAAAUUCUCCUGAAAGGUGGUGCAGCAGAUGAAGAUGUUGGCACAGCUGUUGCUGAACUCCUGCACCAGGAGUUUUCUCUGGAUAUUUGCCUAGACACAGCAAAGUUGCUUAUAGAGCAUGACAGGGAAGCCAUUGGCUUUGACUUUCUUAAGUCAGUCGCUCAGCUCUUUGAAGGGUCCUCAGAUGUUGGCAAAGUUAUUCUCCUUCACAUUGAACUCCUCUUAAAGAGAAUGAGGGAACCCAUUGCCAAGAAAAUGAUUGAAGACAUCAUUGAAGGCCACAGCACAGGAAAACAUCUGCCUCCUGAAAUGCUGAACCACUUGCACCUUAUUCUGUGGGACAGAGCUACCCAAAACUAUGAGGCAAAAAGUUACUCUGAAGCCCUUCAAUGGUACAACUACUCCCUCAGCUUCUACUCAUCUGGACAGAUAGACCAGAACCUGGCAAAACUGCAAAGAAAUAUGGCUGCUUGCCAUCUUCACCUAAAACAACCAAAAAGGGCUAAUGAGGCAGUGAAGGAGGCCGAAAGGUGUGACCCAAACAGCAUCUUCACUCAGUUCUAUGUGUAUAAAAUAGCAAUCUUAGAGGAAAAUUCCCAAAAAGCUUUGGAUGCAGUUGUUGCAAUGGAGAAAUCAGCAGCACAACCAGGUCAUCAAAAAGAUAAGCUGUUAACAGAUGGAACUAUGGUUACCAACCUACUGAGUUUAGCAGCCCAAUUUGCUCUGGAGAAUGAUCAAGAGUCUGUGGCUAUUAAAGCUUUGGAGUAUUUAUCUAAGCACUUCCAAAGUUACCAGCAAUCAUUUACAACUUUAAAAUGUUUGAUUCGACUUGUAUUGUCCAAAAUCACAGUGAAACCCGAAGAGGAAAUAAAUAAAGAUAUGGAGACCCUUCUCACGUACUUGACUGCAGCUCACCAUAAACUUGAUGGACUGUUCAGAGAAGAGAGUGAGACACUGGAAAUGACAAUCAGCGAAGCUCAUUGGUUCAGGAAGAUAGCUUGGAAUUUGGCUGUGCAGUGUGAGAGCUGCCCAAGAAUGAUGAGAGAUUUCUUUGUACUGUCAUUCAAGUUCUCCCAGUUUUGUCCCCGUGAUCAAGCUGUCUUACUUGCCCAGAGGACCUGCCUACUUAUGGCUGCUGCUGUUGAUCUGGACAUGGGCCGAACCAGUGCAUUGUCUGCAGACCAGCAGACUGAAUUACUGACUGAGGCCCUCGGACACAUCCAGUCCUGUAGGGAGAUCUGGAAGGUUCUGAAGGAAACAGGUGAUUUCCCCAAAGAUCCAACCAACACACUACUGCUGCUUUAUGAAUUUGAAGCCAGAGCCAAGCUGCAUGAUCCAUCAGUGGGUAGCCUGCUAGACCAGGUGUGGUCGCUGCCAGAAAUGGAGGUCAAGACUCUGGAAACCAUUGCAGCAUUAGCCAUGGAGCCACCUGCUCACUAUCCCUCAGUGUGUAAGAGGGCCCUCAAGAUGGUUCUGACUCUUCUUCAGAAACAUGAGGCCCUUGAUACAGUCACAUACAGCAAAUGCCUGCACAGUUUGGUCCACUUGGCUCUGCCAUCAGGCAUGAUUGAGGUAGAUGUGCGUGUGCUGGAUGAGGCACUGGAGUACUUUGAAGAUGCUCUGAGCAUUUUGGGCAACACAGUUCUGCAGCCCAGCUACCCAGAAGUGGAGAUCCUUUGGCUCAUGACUAGAGCUUGGAACACAGGAAUACGCCAGUACUGUGCUGGUAGAUACAAGGAAGCAGAGCAGUGGUGUGGUCUAGGAAUGCGCUUCCUGGCACACCUGGGAACCCUGAAGAGCAGCUAUGAGAGCCAGAUGAUUGGCCUUUACAGUGAGAUUCUGGACAAGCUGGACCGAGCAAAGGGAUUCCUUCCAACGCAGGAGUGACAGCAGCCAAGGCCACAACAAAGCCAGCUAUUGCUAUGCUUUAAUGGUUCAGCAACCAUUAGCACUGCAGUGGGAGAACAGAGGAUGCAUACAAGAGCCCACAGCUGGUGGUCAUUGCCAAGUUGUAGGCAGCAUUUAGUGGAGGAAAAUAAUAUUGCCUCUUGGACCAAAAGGAAGCUUGUUUCAGAGUGAGGUUUUAGAAAAGUUGUACUGUGAAUAAAAUAGUUCAAACCUUUAA